UAUUUUCUCUCUUCAUCCCUUUCCAUUUCCUCAUUUUCUCACUCUCUAUUACCCUAUACUACUACUUUCCAGGAAAGUUCCAAAUUUUCCUGGAAAAUAUUUUGCUCAUUCAAUUCGAACUCACUUAUUUAUAUCUAUCCAUUCUUACGAAAAUAGCCCACUUACAUUUACUUCAAAAUCCGUAAAUAAACCCCAAAAUAAAUUUAAAUUAAAAUUAAAAUUAAAAUUCCGAUUCCCGAUUUUGCUUUUGAAUACGUAUUUUUCCUGAUGGGGCAAGGGCAAUCCAAAAGCGAGUUGCUCUAUCAGCAAGUCAGUUAUGGGAACUCCGAUGGAAUCAAAACCCUUCACAGAGAAGGUGCAGGCCUUGAGUGGGUGGACAGAGAAGGAAAGACACCCUUGAUUGUUGCUUGUAUGAAUCCUGAGCUUUACAAUGUUGCUAAAACUUUGAUAGAACUUGGUGCCAAUAUCAAUGCAUACCGCCCUGGACGUCAUGCUGGGACUCCAUUGCAUCAUGCAGCUAAAAGGGGCCUUGAAAGUGUUGUUAAGUUACUUCUUUUGCAUGGAGCCAAUCCUUUGGUUUUGAAUGAUGAUUGUCACACUGCUCUUGAGGUUGCAAGGGCUAAAGGAAACAGCAAUGUUGUUCGUGCAAUUGAGAGUCAUAUAUGCUUGUUCUCCGGUUGGUUGCGGGAGUUUCAUGGACCUGGGUUUUUAGAAGUAGUGGCUCCUCAGUUGGUUUCGAGAAAAGUUUGGGUGGUAGUUUUACCGGUAGGCACCCGUAUUCUCACCAGUCCUUACAAGUUGGAGCUUGCCGUCUAUUCUACUUUGCAGGAUGCACGACCACGCACAGUUGUUGCUUUGUGGAAGGCCAAUUUAGAAGAACCAAAGCUUCGCCAGUCUGAUCCGUCAGUAACAAUUAGUGAUAAGACUACCAAAACACGCCUUAGAUUUGGGCCUGCAAGUGAGAAUGAUAGGCAACAACUUACAUGGUUUUCUAAUGCUUGCAAAGGAAUUCCACAGGUAAAUCCAACAUUUUUGCAUAAUAAUGUGGCUACAAUUCCACCAACAGCACCACCUGCUGCCGAAGACCCAGAGUUGGCUAUGGCUAUCCAUGCAUCUAUUCAGCAUGCCAUGCAGGAGAGGCUAAGCUUUCCUGUGACCCAGCAAAACACUGAAUCAAGCUCUUCCAUCAGUGGAGUGAAUGCAGUGCAAGGUUUUCUUGGUACACCAAAUCCAAAUACAAAUACAAAUGAUAGGGAAUCUGUACAUGAAGCUGUUCCAGGUGGCAAUACUCAACAUGUCCCGGACAAUGACAAUGUCUCUGCUGGCCAUAUUGCCAGUGGUCUGGAUUUCAAUCCAUCAGCUCCUCCAGUUGCUGACCAGGUUCCAUUAGAUGGCCCCAUUCAGUAUCCGUCAAUUGAUUUGAGCCCUGUUGAUGUAUCAUCUCCAGUAGUUGAGAAACUACAUAAUGAAGAAGGAAAAACUGCUGGUGGAAGUGGUUCAACGUGUGUGAUAUGUUUAGAUGCUCCAGCAGAAGGGGCGUGCAUACCGUGUGGCCAUGUUGCCGGAUGUAUGUCUUGCUUGAAUGAGGUUAAAACAAAGAAAUGGGGUUGCCCGGUUUGUCGAGCUAAGAUAGACCAAAUCAUAAAGCUAUAUCAUGUUUGAGAGUUGAAGCAGUAUCGAGAAACUUGCGUUGCUCUUGCCUGUUAACAAAGUAGCAGUACACCUUUAUCAUGAAAGGUGAAAAAUGCUAUUUCAGUUAAAAUCUGUUUAAAGCAAAGAAAUGACAAACAGAAAAAUGUCUAUACUAGAAGUAUCCACAUCCCACAUGGGACUUUUGUGAAUAUUUAAUUUCAUAUGCUUCUUUCUAUGUACUCGUUGGUUAACAUUAUCACUUGUGGAAGUGAAUUGUGAAACUACUGUAAGUAACAGGUCUUGAUUACACUAAGAUUUUACCCAAUUUUGAUUUAUUAUUGAAUAGGCUAAGAGUGAAAAUAAGUGAUCCUGGGAUCUGUAUUAAAACACAUGAAAUUUAUGUAUACUAUUUUGCUUUGCUAUCUUGUAUUAAAUUGCAAAUAGUUUCAUGUAGCUCUUCUGCUGCCUGAAUUUUAUGACAA